AUGGAUACCAAAGACCCCAAGGACACAGUCCAACAUAAUGAAUCCAUUGUCGAAGGCAAUACAACAGAGUCACGCCUGCCGCUUGAAGAGCUUGAUUCCAUUGAGCAGACGGAGACCGGCAAGUUCUCGUGGCUGGUGUCCAUAACAGCAGCCAUUGGCGGCAUGCUCUUCGGCUACGACACCGGCAUCAUUUCUGCUGUAUUGGUGUACAUACAUCAGGACCUGGGACAUACCCUCAGCUCGUCCGAAAGAGAGCUCAUCACAUCCAUCACUUCCGGUGGGGCCUUCAUCGGUGCUAUCUUUGCUGGCGCUACCGCGGAUCGCUUCGGACGAAAAAUCGCCAUCUAUGUGGGAUGCUUCCUGUUCACGGCUGGGGCCAUACUUCAGGCCGCCUCAUUUUCCAUAGCAGUCAUGACGGUUGGCCGUCUUGUCGUCGGCUUUGGUGUUGGGUCUGCUGCCAUGAUUAUUCCCAUGUACAUUGCUGAGCUAUCUCCUGCGAAAUACCGUGGACGCAUGAUUGGGUUGGAUAACAUGUGCAUCACCGGCGGACAACUAGUCAGCUACGGCGUUGGUGCUGGCUUUGCGCACGUCCAAGGCGGGUGGCGGUACAUGGUGGGGGGAGGGGCCAUUCCAGCCAUCAUCCUUGCGUGCCUCCUGCCUUUCUGCCCAGAGUCGCCCAGACAGCUCAUAUUUCACGGCAAGAAUCAGGAAGCCGAGCAAGUCAUCCGUAAGAUUUUCCCAAAUGGCACAGAGGAACAGGUUCAGAUGAAGGUCCGGCACAUCACCUACCAUGUGGAGGAAGCGAAGAACAUGAAUGCGGGCAAGUCACAGUUCUGGGUUCUCAAGCAGCUCUACGUCGUGCCAGCGAACCUUCGCGCCUUGAUCUCGGCCUGCGGUGUGAUGGCCAUCUCUCAGCUGAGCGGUUUCAACUCGCUCAUGUACUACUCCCCCCUUAUCUUUUCGCUCGUCGGCUUCGACAACCCGGUGGCCGUCGGAACCAUCAUCGCCGGAACAAACUUUAUCUUCACCUUUGUCAACCUUUUGCUCGUUGACAGGGUUGGCCGAAGAAGGAUUCUUCUCUGCACGGUGCAGUUCAUGGGCUUGUUCUUGGUCGUUGCUGCCGUUGCAUUUAAAUGGAUCCCGAUCAAUCAUGAUCUGUCCCUAGGGGCCAACGCCACGGUUGGACCGCCAGCGAUCAUCGUGCUCGUGAGCAUGGUCUUCUUUGUCGGGUUUUAUUCAUCGGGUAUCGGUAACACGGCCUGGCUCAGCAGCGAAUUCUUCCCAAUGGAGGUGCGAGCAAUGGGCACCAUGAUGCUCACCAUGACCUGCUGGGGCUCCAAUGUCAUUGUCGCGUCCACUUUCCUGACGCAAAUGGAGAACACGACACCCUCAGGUGCUUUCGGUUUUUAUGCAGCCAUAUGCGUGCUCGGAUGGGUCGCCAUCUACUUCUGUUACCCCGAGGUCAAGAACAUGACGUUGGAGGACAUCCGCGAAGUCUUCAACCACGGAUUCGGGGUCAAGCGUGCGAGACAGUUACAGAAGCAAAUGAAGUCUGACCGGAAGAUGGGAUUGACCUCUAUUGAGGACGUCAAGUUGUAG